UGUUACCUUUUGGACAUGGACUCGGGACGGCCUUGGCAUAUCAGGUUGGUGACAUCGUCUUCUACUCUUGUCUUUUCUACUUUUGAAAACAUAGACCUGCCUCUUAGGUUCUCUUCAGAGGAGCAAGAUGGUGUGGUCACUUUCCACCAGCCCGGAUCUCAGACCGGUCAGCCUUUCUACCGAAUACUCAACAAGAUCGGCCAGGCGGUCUACGUCGGAGGCAACGAGACACUCUUAAAAUUGAGCAUAGACAGGAUAGAUGGACAAUAUACUGUGGUAGCAAACAUUACAACAGAACUUUUGACAGAAGAGCCUCCGUUAAUUGUUACUUGUGAGCACAGAAGCAGUGACCCUGAGAGGGACUGUUGGAAUUUCAUCCGUGUGGCUGAGGAGACAAGGUCAGGUCGCCUGUACGUUUGCGGCACCAAUUCACAAAGUCGCCUGUGCUACUUGUGCUCCCAAGACCUGGUGGACUGUCCUAGAGUGCCUGGCUUCGCACCAGUUCUAGUACCUUUACUGCCUGAUGUCAAUCCAUCAGUAGCUGUCUUUGACCACGAAGCAGGAGACGUUCUGUAUGGAGGAGAUGCCGCUACCGAAACCUUCCAACGUUACAGUCUGGAUGACUAUGGAACGGCUACUUUUGAAUUGGAUUCUGUAACUGUUGGCCUUAGAUUUAUUAACACGCCUGUCUUUGUGGGUAAACCCUUCAGCUACACCGACGGCAGCGGUAAUAAAUAUGUUUUCACUUUCUACCGUGAGAGAGCCGAGGAAUAUUCCAACCUCGGGGAGAAACUGUACUCGAGAAUCGCGAGAGUAUGCCAGAGUGAUACAGGAGGCCCCGUGAACACCCAGAAGUUUGUCACUUUCAUCAAGGCGCGGCUCAACUGCUCCAUUCCAGACGAACUGUUCCCUUACGAGUUCGAUGAAAUACAGGAUGUAUUAUGGACCGACACAAAUGGAGACCCCGAAGCAUAUGCUGUGUUCACGUCACCAUCAAAAGGACCGAAAGCGUCAGCUCUUUGCCGCUACAGGAUGAGGGACAUCAUGCAGCUGUUUGACGAGGGUGAAUACAAGUUACAGCUUAAUGGUAACGUCAACCGCAUGUGGCUGCCACAAGCUGUGACAGAUCCCAGGCCUGGAACAUGCCAUGAAGUGCAUACCACAGAUUAUCCUCCGCUGCUGGACAAGUUGGUGCCCAACUAUAACCCCCUGGAACCGGCCCCAGGAGAUCAACCUCCCCCACCAGACAAUCUUAAGCAGUCUGAUGCACCCACACUUUACGUGAACGGAGUCCACUUUACCAGCCUGGCCGUCGAUUUCGAUCACGGUUGUCUCUACUAUUUUGGGACAACCGAUGGAACUGUGAUCAGAGCUUUCAGGUACGAUUGCGACAAUGCAACCGAGCCGUUUACAACCGUUGAAAUCACUGAGCUGGGGACAGAUGGAACCACCGUGACAGGGCUGGAGCUGAUCACUGGGGGCUCUCGCAAAUUUCUGGUGGUGACGACGGAAGAGAGUGUCAUCUCAUGGCUACUCUCCCCAAUCUCUCCAGACAUUUCAGUCACACCACAAAAAAUAUCCUCAGCUCGCUAUGAAGAUGAAUGUAAAAUCAAGGGACCAGACUGUUCGUGGAAUGGCUCAAACUGUUCUUGUGCACCUGCAGAUCCGAAUUGUGUCAUCGAACAGCAAAGACUUCUUGUUCAACCCACGACGAGCCGUAUUGUUUCCUGUGCGAACAAGGAUGUCUUCGUGUAUUGUGAAGUCAAUCUAGGUCCAGCGUGUUCCGACCAGUACGUCACCUUAUCCUGGGCCAAAGAUGACAGCGCAAGUUUUUGUGCUCGGAACAAACAUUUGGCACGAGAAACAAGGUUGUCCAACGGACUACUGGAACUGAGGGUGACUACUCACAACAUCAGCAGCGGCAACUACACGUGCACAGCCCAUGUGGGAGGAGUCCGAGCAGAGGCAGCGCAGGUGGAAAUUGUAGUGGAGAACUGCCUUACUGAGCAAAGUCUUCAAUCAAGAUGUGUUUUCCAUGACGAGUUGGAAGCUGCACACCAACACCUAGAACAAACUUCAGGUGGCGGUAUUCAAAGCAGCGUAGCCAGUGGUAUGCAGAGUGGCACAGAGCAACCGGCUGAAGAGAUUAUAGUCAAUUGACAUUGACGGAAGCCACAUUCGGAUGGCAAACGAUUUAUGAACACAUUUUCGAGGUAGAGGGGGGUGGACCAUAUGAAAUGUAAAACAAGGAUAGUGACCAUGGAUUCAUGGUUAAACUAAAACUAAAGCACGCGGUGUUGAAAAAUCACUAAUAGGCGUAUGUACUGAUAACGUCACACUUUGUUUACAUGUGCACUUUUCGUAGAGCCAGUGGGGGACCCAUGGUCGCUGAGCACAGUGGGCCCCAAGCUGAACCUAGAGAGGGCGCGAUUUUCCUAGCAACGGAGGCUCCUGUGGUAGUCAUGGUUUACAAAUGACUAUGACGUGUGUGUUAAGUGUGCGUCGCUACCAGCAAGUCUAAAACGAACACUCCUGACCACCAUGGCUCUUUUUAACCGAGGAGGAGUGUUUCUGCUCAAGGCGGAUAGGAAAACACACACAUAAACAUCUAGUUUCAUCAUCAGUAAGGAUGGAGUCCAUUGAUCUUCCUGAUGUCUUCAUAGCCUGUCAUGUACUGUACUUUAAUUAACCUAGACAAAUAUUCUGGUUUGCAGCUGGCAAAAAAAACCCCCUGGCUAGUACGUACCGGGUGUGUAGAUGUCAAAUUAUGGAGACUGAAUCACCUCAAAAGGGUGGUGGCGCUGCUCACACAUCUCAUUUUAAGACGCAUAUUUUUGCUUUUUUAUUAAAGCUUUUUUUGGAUUUCAAUUUUUUUUCACUAUAUCGUUUAAAACAUCGUUGGCCCUGCUUGAUCAUUUUGACAUGCUUCCACUAGCUAAUCGUGUCGAAAUGGCAUCAAUGAUGCCAGGGACAGACAUCUCAAUAACUGAACAGUUGUGUUUUUUUUUUCAUCUGUCCAAGGUAAUGCCCUACACUUUCACGGAGGAGAGUGCAGAUUUUUAGAGCAUUUUAGAUUUUCCGUCUUUUUUUCUCCUGGACGUCGUUUCUCUCCGAGGAAGUUAGAUUGUACACCUUUUCUGUACAAAACCAUUGCUGUUUCUCAAGUACAACUAAUCAACGCACUAACUCAGUUGUAAUUAUGUGAGCUCAACCUGGUGUACGACAACAUGUCUCAUAAAAAGGGCUCCACAAAUAUAUGACCCAAUAAUAACUUAUUUUUCAUUAAUUCGUAUUAAGCAGAGAUGUUUGUAAUAAACUGCUAUACUCGACUUAUGUACGUGUGUUGUAAAUGUACAUGUACGUUUGAUCGUGUGUUACAUGAGUUCGAUCAUUUCAAUCGUACAGUAGCGUAAAGCAUAUUGGUACUGGAACAACAUAAAUCAGGCAUGACGUUUAUAUACUGCACAUGCGAAAUCUCAACAGAAAUAACCGUGUUUAGUAAGUGCUAUAUGUUGCCAGAAUACGAAAGACAUAAUAAAUGGCGGACUACUAUUUUGCGGCCCUCAACGUGCUGCACCACCGCCUAA